UAGUGACAAAAAGGGACCGCCUUCACCUCAUUCUGUAGCGUCAACGUUCUGUUUCCUUCCACUCUUGCUUUUGGGUUCUGUAUAGUCAUUUGAUGCUUUUGGGGAUUGUUAUAUGCAUCGGCUUCAGGCACUCGCUCCAAACAGGAGACUUAAGGAAGUAGAAAUUUGUGUUCCAAUAGUUUGUGGAACAAUUACUUUCUAUCUUGGUCGAAAGGCUAGCGAGUAAGUUUGUUGAACUCUUCAGAAUCUCUGCUAAUUGUGAGUAGAUGUGCUAUAUUCUUGUUUAGAAAUCCUGCAAUGGCAUGACCUAUUUCUUUCAUACGGUUGAAUUUUACUAUCGAUAUCAUUUGCUAAAUGUUAGGUUGCAACUUGUAACCAAACUGACUUUCUUUGUUUGAAUAUGGACUUAUACGAAUUUAUUCCAUAAGCUUUUCCACAUCAAGUAUACCUUUCCAUAACCUUUGUCAAAUAUGUUAAUGGCUUUUAUGCUGUGUCCUGUAUGCUUGAUUUAAUUGCUUUUGUACAAACUAGACAGAUUGUUUAUCAACCAUUUUAUGGCUUUUAUGCUCUGUCUUGCAAGCUUGAUUUAAUUGUUUAUUUACACUAGAAAACUUCCCAGACACUGUCAAGUAUUGUGUACACUGUGAUAGGUGCAAGCUCAUAUGAUUAAGUUGAGAAGGCAAUUGAGCAUGAUUGAUGGGAUGACUCAACCAUUGAAACCAGCGUCCAGUUAUGAAUACACUUGAUCACGGUUUAUGCUUUUAAAGUUGAUUCAUCAAGUAUAAAUUGUGGAAGACAAUUGAGCCCUGACGAUGAGAUGUACAUAGAGAUGUAAUUAGUUCAGCUUUAGAUGAUAUAUAAUUGGUUGUCUAACUUGUUGAUGAUACAUGGUUGGUUGUCUUGCUUUCUGUCAAACCUUCAAAUUUCAAACCUAGAGAAGAUAAGUAAAUAUGACAUGAAGCUCCUCCUCUAACGAAGCAGCAUAGAAUACAGCUGAAAAUGGAAA